GUGACAGGUUCCUACACAGAGGAGAGAGGUGCCGGGGAAGUGUGUGUGUUUGUGUGUGUGUCUGUGCAAGUGUGUCCGUGUGUGCACAAGGGUGUGUGAGAGCAGUGACACUCUGGGAAGGGUUAACUCACAGUCAGGCUAUCUGUGCUCGGGGCCCCAAGACUGGCCCGGGAACGGGCGGGGUGGGCUCGGAAGGUGGAGCUGGCUUGGCUCACAAGAGCUGCCUUUUCCAAGACAGGAGUGCAGAUGCUCGCCCAGCUGGACCGAGCGUGGUGAGCGCACGUCGCCUUCAGGAAUGGCUGGAAAAGCCCGCACCUGGAGACCCCUCCCUCCCUGUCCCUCCAUGGCAGGUCGCAUUUGGUCUCUCCGGUCAUCAGAGGAAUGAGCAAUUCCCCGGCUCGCGGCACUUGGAGAACAGCAGGCAAGGAUGGAUGUGGUCGACAGCCUUCUCGUGAAUGGGAGCAACAUCACCCCUCCCUGUGAGCUGGGAAUCGAAAAUGAGACGCUCUUCUGCUUGGAUCAGCCCCAUUCUUCCAAAGAGUGGCAGCUGGCUGUGCAGAUCCUCCUGUAUUCCUUAAUAUUUCUGCUCAGCGUGCUGGGAAACACCCUGGUCAUCACGGUGCUGAUUCGGAACAAGAGGAUGAGAACUGUCACCAACAUCUUUCUGCUCUCCCUGGCCGUCAGCGACCUCAUGCUCUGCCUCUUCUGCAUGCCGUUCAACCUCAUCCCCAACCUGCUCAAGGAUUUCAUCUUCGGGAGUGCUGUUUGCAAGACUACCACCUACUUCAUGGGCACUUCGGUGAGCGUCUCCACCUUUAAUCUGGUGGCCAUAUCUCUGGAAAGAUACGGUGCAAUCUGCAAACCCUUACAGUCCCGGGUCUGGCAGACAAAAUCCCAUGCUUUGAAGGUGAUCGCCACUACCUGGUGCCUCUCCUUUACCAUCAUGACUCCGUACCCAAUUUAUAGCAACCUGGUGCCUUUUACCAAAAAUAACAACCAGACCGCAAACAUGUGCCGCUUCCUACUGCCGAAUGAUAUGAUGCAGCAGUCCUGGCACACGUUCCUGUUACUCAUCCUCUUUCUUAUUCCUGGAAUCGUGAUGAUGGUGGCCUAUGGAUUAAUCUCUCUGGAACUUUACCAAGGAAUAAAAUUUGAUGCCAUCCAGAAGAAGUCUGCUAGGGAAAGGAAACCGAGCAGCAGCGGCGGCGGCAGGUACGAGGACAGCGACGGCUGUUACCUGCAGAAGCCCAGGCCCCGCACCCGGCUGGAGCUGCAGCAGCUGUCCAGCACCGGGGGCGGCAGCAGAGUCAACCGCGUCAGGAGCAGCAGCUCGGCGGCCAACCUAAUGGCCAAGAAGCGGGGGAAGGCUACGGAGGCUGGGGCCCGCACUCGGUUUCUGGGCGACUGGAGGCAGGAAAUGCUCAGUGACAUUCACCAUCAGAAAAACCUCAACAGGCCAGUAACAGGAGUCCAGCAAGGCUCGUGUUACAAACGCAACUGCCAAACACACGUUCAAAAUGGCGAUGCGGACCCUACUUAGGCUCUAGAAGUUUCCAGAACAUCCAAGGUGAGCGAGCUCUCACUCCCCAUAGGGACACACUUCUAUGCUCUGCCUCAUCUGCCCACGCAGGACUGUGGAGGCUGCUGUCCUCCCCCCGGAGAGUCUACGGCUCACAUACCGUACCCAACCGUCUCACCACCGUCACAAAAGGUAACAUGAAACAGAGACUCUUCUGGCCAACAGCCUGGCUCUUUCUUUUUGAGGUUGGUGAAGGACAUUCAGAGACACAACCUUACGCCAUCACUGUCAUCAAAACAGCAAACGGAUUGUUGUCUAAAAGAUGGAAUUUGGAAUUUAUGUCUCUAAAAAAGAAAAGGGGUGUGUGGCAAAUAGCUGGAUGGAGUGCUAUCCUCCCAUAGGGAAUAUUUAAGAGCCAGAGGUACAUAGACAUUUUUUUUUUUUUUUGCUACUUUAAUGGCCUGUAUUAUAUUGAACCCCAUGGCUUCUUUGCCUCAACUUGAUUUCCCAUAUUCAUCUGGCAUUUCCUCCUUUCCAGAAAGACUCCAGGUACAAAGGUGAGUUGUAACCGAUGUGUUCCUGUCCAAGAGAGGAAACAGAAACAUGUAUAGUCAGUCCCAGAAUAAACACUGGCAUGCUUGGACUCCAUUCUCAAAUAGCUUUGAGUGUCAAAGCUGUCUGUGCCAUCAAAUACAAUCUGUGCAUUUGUUAAUAAUUGUAUUAAUUUUAUGUAUGAGUAUAAAGCAAACAUAUAAGUAUGCUCUUCACAUAGAAGUAUAUUCUUUGGUGUUUAAAAUAAGAAAAAACGAGUAGGAAUGGAAGUUGGAAUUCAGUCAUUAUUAUCAUUCUACAUUCCUGCACAACAGCUGGUUUCAUGUGAACUUUUCUGUGCAAAAUUAGGAUUGAAACCUCUCUCCUCUAAUUUAGAAAUCUCAAUUAAAUGAGACAUGAGCUAUAAAUUUAGAUCGCGGUAAGUGCAUUUCUAGAAUAGAACCUAUCAAUCUAGUCCGCAAGCACUUCUUUCUCGUUCUUUUUUUCUUUUUCAGGGUAACAUUGUCUUGACUGUUUAAAUAUAUUGACACAGACAUUUUUGACAGAAACAACUGUACAUAUCAGUGUAGGAAUGAAGAAGGAAGAAGGAAGGAAGAAGGGAAGGAAAGAAAGAAGGAAGGAAGGAAGGAAGAAGGGAAAGAAGGAAAAGAAAGAAGGAAAGAAAGAGAAAAAGGAAGGGAGGGAGGGAGAAGGAAGAAGGGAAGGAAGGAAGGAAGGAAGGAAGGAAGGUAGGUUGAGGACAUGACUAUUUAUGAUGGGGGACUUUUCAAGCCAGAUGUUAGUUUUUCUAUUUCUGAGACUGCAACGUAAUGUUAAUAUUUAUAACCAGUCAUCUCAAAUAUUUCAAGGUAAAAAUUCAACCGAUUAAAGCACAUCCUGCUACAUGAUAAAAGAAGUAAGAAAUGAAAUUGUCUCCAUCAUUUAAGUCAAUUCUACAAAAUCUACAGUUUUGCUGCCAGAGGGAUAAGCCUUCCCCUCUGACUAUGUGAGCAUGUAAAUAAAGAUAAAUCAGCCUCCCUCCUUUUUGACGGAACUUCUGGAAGUUCCAAAACUGUAUUAACCUUAAAAUAGGGCUGCCAGAUUUAGCAAAUAAAAAUACAGGAUGUCCAGUUAAAUUCUAAUUUCAAAUAAACAACGAAUAAUUUUUUUUAGCAUGAGCAUGUCCCAUGCACUAACAUACAUCCUGUAUUUUAUCUGGCAACACUGCUUUAAAAUAAUUUUAAAAGUACAUAAAAAUAUAAAUAAACUUUCCCAGAUAUAGGACAGU